AUGGGAGUCCACCCCGAAGCCAGCAAAUCCCCAGUUGACAUCCCCAAAAUGUCCAGCACCUGCUCUCGGAGUAUCUUCUGCAACAUCAAGGUGUUUGUGCUGUGCCACGGGCUUCUCCAGCUCUCCCAGCUCCUCUACAGCGCCAACUUUAAGAGCAGCCUCACCACCAUUGAGAAGCGCUUUGGGCUUUCCAGUCUCUCUUCAGGUUUCAUCUCCAGCUUGCAUGAGAUUGGCAACGUGGUCCUCAUCAUCUUCGUCAGCUACUUCGGCAGCCGGGUCCACCGCCCGCGGGUGAUCGGGCUGGGGGGGCUGCUGCUGGCUCUGGGAGCCUUCCUGGUCACCCUGCCACACUUCCUAUCAGACCCCUACGAAUACACCACACUUAGCGCUGGUAACAAAAGCCAGGUCCAGGCUGAACUCUGCUAUGCAGAGAAUAAGUUUGUGUGCCCUAACGCCACCCAGGACCCCCAGAAGGAGGCCAGCAGCAUCUGGGCCAUGAUGGUCAUCGCCCAGCUGCUGGCUGGAAUCGGGACGGUUCCCAUCCAGCCCUUUGGGAUAUCCUACGUAGAUGACUUUGCGGAAGCAAACAAUUCCCCGCUGUACGUUGCCAUCCUCUUUGCCAUCGCUGUGUUCGGCCCUGCUUUUGGAUACUUGCUGGGAUCCGUGGUGCUGCGGCUCUUCGUGGAUGUCGGAAGAGUUGACGUUGCUACGGUGGCCCUGACACCGAAGGACCAACGGUGGAUUGGAGCCUGGUGGCUGGGACUGCUGAUCUCCUCGGGCUGCUUGGUGCUCACAUCCAUUCCUUAUUUCUUUUUCCCUCGGUACAUGCUGAAAGGAGAG